AUGACCCAGCAAUCACAGGACCUGAAUGACUGCCUGCCCAUGGAGAGGAAGCUGGUGUGGAGGACGCCCGAGGAGAGGCGAAUGUCAGACCUCACGUGGGUGUUGGAGUGGCUGGAGCGGAGGCAGGGGAAGAAGAAGCAAGCUCUCCAGAAAAACAAACCCAAGGUGGUGACACUCACUGCAGGAGCAGCCCCCAAGAAGGAAGUAAAGAAAACCAAAAACAUCCAGAAACAGCAGGGAGGGAACCACCAGGUGGCAUUCUCUGAGCAGCUCCCCUCCCAGGCCUCGAGGCAAACCUCCAAGGACGAGGAAGCCUCCAUCCUCUACCGAAGGCUCUACAGAGUAGGAGCAAAGGGCAAACACCUCGGCAGCAUGGCCCCGGGCAGCUACUCCAAGAAAGCUGACUUGGACAUCAAGGACGCAAUUGCCCAAGAGUCCACUCAGCGUUCAAUUCCAUACCUUCGACAAAGCAUCAAGGACUCCAUCCUACAGGACCCCUUUGCCCCACAGAAGUCCACCCUCUGGAGAGACUGGAUGGGCAAGAUGCCCGACAUCUCUUACGAGAGGAAGCUGAGGAGCCUCAUGGAGAAGGGCAUGGAGCCCAAGAUGGAUACGGCAAGGAUGCUGAAGCCAGAGGAGGUGCUGAGCUGCCGAUACCUGAGGUUGUCCAGAACAACAUUCGAACUUUGCUCAAGCUGUGCAAGGAUGCAGGAAUGA